UACUAUACAUAGUUCUGUAUGUUCAUAAUUAAAAAUUUGAAAGUUAAAAAUACUUUUUAUUAUUACGUUUUUAAUAGUUGAUUCGAUUUAUGUUCAAGUUAUCAAGCUAAAAAUUCUAUGAAAGAACUAUUAAAAGGAAUAAUUUAACUAUUUUUAAUUUUCAUCAUGGAUAAUAUCCAAAUUUUAAACAGAUUAGAAGCAGCUGCACAAAUUAUUUUGGCGCCUCCAAAUCUUAUUUCGUCUGAACAACGUCAUUCAGCAGAAUCAGUUUUUCUAGAAUUCCGCAAAACAAAAAGCCCCUAUUUACUAUGUCAACAAAUACUGGAAACAAGUACAGUAGACUAUGUAGUAUUCGAAUCAAUUGGACUGAUGAAAAUAGCAUUAAUAAGAGAAUGGAAUUCAAUAUCAAAAGAUGAUAUCAAUUCUGUAAAAGACUAUCUACUUCAUUAUGUAAUAAAUAAGCUAACGUUAGCACCAUUUGUUAGAGAACGUAUAUUUCAAGUUGUUGCUGUAAUAGUGAAGAUAUCAAGUGUCAACGACUCACGAGAAAACUUUACAAUGAUAUUAAAUCAAGUCGAAUCCAUGAUUAGUAAUAAAGAUUUACAUAUAAAAUUGCUCGGGUGUGGAAUAAUUGCAGCAUUAAUGCAAGAAUUUUCGAUAUCGACGAAAUCUUCAGACAUUGGUCUAUCGCUAAUAUUGCACAAAAAAACAAAAUUUAAAUUUGAAACAACGGAAUUGCCACGUAUAUAUAGGUUCUGUACCCAUGCAUUAUCUGAAUUCAUAAAUAAUACAGGAUCAGAAGAAGAUGUGCCUUUUUUAAAACAUUUAUUAUCAACUUUAGAAGGAAUUUUUUCUUGGACUUUCCUUGGUCAAGUUCCAAAUAAAAAUUUUUAUUUACUGCCAACAUCGAAUAAUGCUAUUUUUGAUCCUUCCAUGAUUCAACUAUUCUUCAAAGUAUACAAAUUAAUACGGACUAAUUUAGGAUUAGCACAUUAUGCAAGAAGCUGUUUAGUCGAAUUAUCUGACAUCUGUGAAAACGUCAGGUGUAGUAAUGAAGUCGAACUGCAAUAUUUGUCUUACUAUAUGGAAGAAUUUUUAAGAUUAGUUUCUAAUAUUAAUAUAAUUGAUCAAGAAGCACUUGAUUUUGCAAAUAUUGUACAUAAAUUAGCUAACAAAUAUUUACCCAAGUUACUACCUAAAGCAUCAGACCUUUUUAAUUCUUAUAUGAAUCAGGUAAUAAGAUUAACAGAAGUUUUUGCCAAAGGAGCAAUUCAAGAAGAAUCAAUAUGUUCUGAUGAUUAUUUAUACACAGAAGCAUUUGAAAAAAUUCUUGAGACUUGGAUAGCGUUGAAGCUUAUCUCACUAGAAAAUUAUCCACAACUUUCUGCGCAAAUAUUUGAUAUAUAUUUGAAGUCUAAAUUAUCACCACCACAAGGUUUUCAUGUUAUAAGUCAACAAGAACUAGAAGCAGAAAUUACUGAAAUUGAAGAAAAUGACCGGGAAAAAUUCAAGGGCCAACUUCAAUUAGUUGGAGAAAUAGGAAGAGCAAAUUUGAAUCAUUCUUUAGUUUUAUUAGUUCGUUUAUUAGAAGAACGAACAAAAGACUUUUGUAAUCAACUCAAUAAUCAUAAUUUUUUACAUCAAACGAAGACUAGUUUGGACAAUCUUACAAAUAUUUAUGAAGAUCUCCAUUGGCUAAUAUUAAUAUCAAUGCACGUAUUAAUUAUACUUGAGAAUGAAGAAUAUUGUGUUAAGACAAUACCUUCAGAAAUAAUAAAAAAUAGCAUGUCUCAACUAAAUGAAGGUAAAACUAAUAUAAAUGUAACGUUACAGCUACUUGCAUCACCUCAAUGUAACUUAUCAGAUAUAUCUGGUGCUGAAGAAUCUGCAGAUCAUGUUAUCCAACUAAUUUCAUCUAUUUUAAGAUUAUGUGAAAUUCAGAAAAAAAUGAUCAAUAGUAAUAUGUUAUAUAUAUUAAGUCCUGAGUUUAUUAAAUCAACUGUUUGGUUUUUACAUCACUGGUCAGAUUAUUUUUUUCUGCUAGAAGAACAGCUUUAUCAUGAAUUAAGUAUUGUUUUUACACAAGCAUUCGGAGUGGAUAGCGAAGGAGCGCAAUGGAGUAUGAAUUUUAUGUUAGACUAUACAAGAUGUAUAUUGGAUGCCUUCAAAAAUGAUCAAGAGGUAUCUCAAGAUUUAAUUCUUUUAUUAAGAAGUUUAGUCAAUUCUAAAGAAAAAGCAUUAUGCGCCCUAAAAUCUGAAAGACUAGAUUACUUUAUCGAAUUAGCAAGUAAAAAUAGAUUUAGUUUUUCACAAGGUGUACAAAGAGGACUUAUAAGUGCUAUAACGCAAGUUGGAUUACAACUGAAAGAUAAAUUAAAUGACGAUCAGGUUUUAUCAAAAACUAUACAACCAUUUAAAGAUAAAUUUUUACAAAUUAUUAUGGAUAAUAAUUUUUCUCGAACAUAUCAAGAAGAAUACGUUAGAAUUGAAAUCAGUGAACUUCUAGAUGCUUUUAUCGGUAUGACACAAAUUUCAAAAGUGCACUCUUCUAUGGAUUGUCUACUAGAACGUCUUUAUCCGGUAUUGUCUGAAUUGGCACGUCUAUUAUCAUUGUAUCAUAAUUAUCCAAUGAUAGUAAGAUCAAUUUUAGAAUUGUUGUCUAAAUGCGUUGGAUUCCCAAUUAAUAAAUUUCAUCAGGAAAACAAUAUUAAUAUAAGCAAACUUUUUAUGGAUAAUAUUCAAGCAUAUGCACGUUGUAAUUUAAACAAAUGUACGAGAAAUGUGACUGAAGAAAAUGAUCUCCUUGAAGAUCUUAUAUUAAUUGUGCAAACAUUGAUUGUGUUUAUAUCACAAAAUUAUUAUUCUCCCGCAUCAACUAUUGAAGUAACGUUACUCUGUUUAAAUUGUAUUAUACCAAUGAUGACUAUUGAGAUACUUAGGUAUCCAUCGUUAUGUCAAAAGUAUUAUGAGUUAUUAAGUAUUAUCUUUAGUGAAGCCUUAUUAACAUUACCACCAGAAACUCUCAAGCAAGUGAUGUCUUUUUUAGAAUUCGGCCUCUACUCAUUUGGAGAAGAAAUAACAGAAUUGUGUUGUUUGACGAUAAAACAACUAGCUGAAUGCAUUUUGAAAGAAAUGUUACAACAACAAAAAAGAAAUUUAAUAUUAGUGCCAUUUUUAAAUAUAUUAUUCAAUCUCCAUCAAACGAAACAAAUAAAUUCAUCAACAUCAAAUGUAAACGAUGCAAUGCUUUAUUUGAUUUACUGUUAUCACGAUGAGUAUCAAAAAAUAAUACAAAAUUACAUAGCUUCACAAUCUAAUCCAGAAAUGCAACAAAAAAUAGCAGCAGCUUAUGCAGAACUAGUAAUUGAUAUCAAAUCAAUAGAUGACAUAAAUGCCGAUAAAAAUAAAGAUUUUGAAAAUUUAUUGAAUACUCUACGAGAUGUUAUGGUUAUAAAAUAAUG